AUGAGCCGAGCAAGACGCAUUAUUGAGACCAAAACCACUUUACCUCCGGGAAUAAAAGGCCACCCGAUUGCAUACCUAGAGCUGCAAAUAACCCUUUUCCGCUGGACAGGCCGUCACUCUCUUAAAGGCGCCCGAACCGGAGGAACGGCUGCUGCCGGCACCUCUGGUGUGACCGUCCGGGUGGUCUGGUGGGGAGAGGACGAUGACCAGGGGGUGCACUUUCGUCCCCGUAUUGCCCAUCGCGCUGGACACAAGCAAACCGCAACGUCCACCUGCGCUCGCUACCCCAUAUGCGUUCCUUUGCACAAAAUGCAAAUCUAUCUCGAAGCCCCACAUCCACUGUUUCCAAAAGUUCAAGGAAGCGCUCCUCGCACCUUUCACCGAAGCCCCGCGCCAGCGAAGAGAGCGCCAAUGGCUUCGGCUGGUGCCGCACCUCUUCGCUCCGUUCUGAAGCCCUCGUCGUUUAACUCGGCUUGCACUCUUCCCCUAAGCAACUUUGAUCCCCCUUGCGCGGUGAACCGAUUGCCUGCGGCCACUGUCGACAUUGAAGUAGAAUCGAUAAAUGAAGAGCCCUCAGCAGUAAAACAUCUGGAAGGAACCCUUCCUUGUCAGGAGCCAACAGUGGAAAAGGAAGCAAAAAACGGAUCCACCGACGAUGAAGGUGGCUUAAACGCUGAAGUUCUGGCUCGAAUUCAGGCGGCCUUGGAUGAGAGUCGCCGGCUCCGAGAUCAGGUGAUCGGCUCCGAACUCGAUGAUGCAGCUGCACCAAUGGUUGCCAUAGCGACCAAUCCUCAUGAGCAUUCUCCGAUUGCCCUCAAUAAUCAAUUUUGCCAAGGGAGGUCGGCAGAUGAGCAACCUACAGAUGGGGUCUCAGAGGGUAUGCUGGAGUCAGCAAAACGCGAUUGGUUCGUUGCACCUGUCAGCCAAACUGCGCGAUCUCUACCCGUCCAGACCGAGGAGGCGGCGACUCUCGCUGCUGCCGUCCCAGCGAGUCAUAAUGCGGUUUUCGAUUUUGGCCCUGCACUUGCGGAAUACAGUGAAGAAGAAGAAGAAGAUGCGGCAGCGGCUAACUGCGAUGAAGUUUACGCGAUCGACGAUUCCACAGAUACAGACCUGGAGGCAGAUGCUCUUGUUGAGAAACUUCUCCUUCCACACACCCGGCUUCUCACUGUACUGUUUCCGCCACAGCAGUUUUCCUGGAGCGCUGGAACGAAUGUCAGCAAUGGCGGCGGCCCAAGCCCUCGCUCAAGAGAGCUGAAAUCCACUCUACGCAGCGAUACGAGACUUCCGAGUGCCUCUUCACCGCCUCCGUCGACAUCGUCUCUGACUAACCCCCGCAUAUUACGGAACCCUGUUAAUGACUCGCCUUCUCGUUGCAAAGUGGUCGGCAGUCCAACAGGAGUUCGGUUUGGUUUCCGGCGACUGACAUUCCCGGCUGAGGUAUGGCGUGCAAUGGCCAUUGUUCUGUCGCAGCAUUUUCUCUCCAAGCCCUCCUGUUCUGUCAAAAAGAAGCCAGGCGUUGACAUGAGCCGACACUAUGGCGGCGUUGGUGAUGCGAUUCGACCAAAACCAGUAUUCCUUGAGAGAGAAAACAGGACUAAAUGUGGGCAGCCGGUGGGCAGGGGUGCCACUGUGGCUGGCACAACUCCAAAGAAAGCCAAUGGCCACUGGUCAUCCCCAAACUUGGCUCCAACCCGAUCAGCGAUUACCGCGAGUAACAAGAGGUGGGACUUUGAGAUCGAGUUGUUAGUUCCCUCUGGCCUUGUGAGUGAAAGAGCAGCCGCCGACCCAAGUUUUCAUCCGCUGGACGAAGACGAGACCCUGUGGUGUCAGCGCAUUGCCUUGAGUCGCGGUGUCACCAAACAGGUUGCCACACCCGCGCCUCCUGGCUCUGCAAUCGACGACCAUCAGCCCGAGGUGCUUCUCGUGCCUCAGCACAAACCUGGCACCACCAGGUUCCCCGAGCCCCUUGUGCUGGCACCCCAGCCCUCCUCCACUCCAACUGCGUUGCCUGUUCGGCUGAGGCUUUUCUGCAGACCCGAGCUUGAGUCGUGCGAUUCUGUGGCAGUCAGAGCGUCUAAGUCAUUGUUGAUUGGGACCAUUGACUUGGAGUACACGGCACUCCUGUCGGCGCUCUACCAACUGCCAUAUUCAUCGCCAAAGUCCACCUCCUCCAGGAGCCCAAACCCAGUCCCGAAGACCCUGCGGGUUCGCGUUGAUUUUGUUCCCACGAUACAGAAAGGUCUCUUUAAAGAGCUCCCUACCGCAUUCGUGGAGUCCCUUCUUCAACGUUGCUUCGGAUUCAUUAAUGUAGAACCUGUCUGGAAGACGUUGAGUUCUUCGUCAUCCACUUCGUUGCACCCCGGGAAAGUAGAACGAUUUAACUUAAACGAGGACGAGGUCCCCAUACGCGAAGAAAGGCACGCUCACGUUGCCAUCGACCUACCCCGCAGUGUAACGCGUCGUUCCUUCCCACCUCAUCCCGGUCCCGCAGGGCAAUCCCUGCGCCUCGACGUGCUUCUUAACGUGCGUGAGGCACGCCACCUAAGCCUGCCCCAAUCGACCCAGUCCGAGGGCUGUGUGAAACACUCGUACAUUGUGGUGAGAACCCCCUGGUGCAACGAAGACACCUCCUCGGAAGUGGCCAUUGCGGCCAAACCCAAACGCUUCCAGUCUGCUGUAGCUUGGAGUUCUGGCUCUUCCCCCCUCUACCACUUCGGGCUUCGAACCUCGGCUGUUUUUUCUGAGGUAAACCGGAAUUCUGUCUUGUGUGUUAGUUCUCCUUGUUCUCAGGAGCUAUUAACUCGCCUCCUAAAGACCUUCAUCGCCAUCGAAGUAUGGGCUCGGCGCACUGACAGUGGAAAUGAGAAAGACGUGCUAAUUGGUCUGGCCAAGGUUAUGACCUCAAGACUCACCGAAACUUACCAAUUACAGAGAGAUCCUUCUGCCCCAGUGUCGACACAAACAGCUGCCGUCAGGGCUCUCCUAACUUCACACUUGCCCCCGGUGGAGGAAGAAGCCUGGCUGCAGGUUGUUUCGCCGUCCACGGGCAAGGUAUGCGGGAGCCUGCAAACUCGCGUCGCAGUGGGCACGGCCAAUCAGAUCUCCGCUCUCAUCGACGCCGACGCGAAGACUGCGGCGUCUUCUGGCGUUGAUUGGCGCAGCAUCGACUUUGUGCGCUGGCCGCCCUGCGUGUCCGGGGGUGGUGCCGGCGGCGGCGGCCGCUGCUGCUCCCAGGCCCUCUCGUCCACCCCUUGCUCGUGCAACACUGAGGCCGACUUGGAAUCACUUAAUGGAGACGUUGUUAUUGUAUCUGUGAAGCACUCCCUAGACAUUGGCCUGUGCUCGUUGACAGGCUUUGUACCGGGUCUUGCAGCGACGCUCCAGAAGGAGUUCGGUGGUGGAACGUUCCCUUCCAAUGACUGCGACUGUUUCAUUCAAUACACCAUUCACCGCAAUUGGCAGUUUCCUUCAAUAAUCCGGAGUCCUCUCCGAUCGUUGCGACCUCUGUCUCAAGUUAGAAGCGGGAGACAUCAAGGCGAAAUUGGAACUGAUAAGGAGGGGGAGGGCGAGGAGGGAUUCUCGGCCGAAAAUUGUCGCUGGAAUGUGCGCCCGCUGAGCGUCAGUGUUAGUGGUGGCGGCGGAGCAGGCAGAGAAGGCGAAGGAGGAGGAGGCGGUGGUGGCGGUGGGGAGGAGCGGGAAGAGUCUUUCUGGCACGAAACCCACUCGCACACUUUUGCCCUCCAGGCCACCAACAAGGAGCGCCUUCUGGGUGACGCUCAACGUCUGGGCAGUCGGGCAUUUCUUGCAUGGCUUGGACAGGGUAUGUUGCUUUACAGCAACUCGGAGGAACCUAAAUGCACACUUACUAGCACUCAUCCACAUCACCUUCAUAAACUCGUUUUGUUUAUGAACAGAAAGCAAGUGGCCAACCAGUUGCACGGACAUGACGACGGCGGAAUUCCCUUCGAACUCUGGCUUCGUGUUUACUCACCUAGACUACGGGAUGUCCUAGUGGCCCGCGGAAACCUUCAGUGGACGACGUUGGCGCACAAGCUGAUGCCUGCCUCGUUGAAUGCUCUCCCUGGGUCUUCUCCUGGCGGAUUAGAAGGCGAUUGGUGCUGGUGCCUCUCUCGUUAUCAACUACCUCUAUUCGACGUCACGUCGGGUCAACUGUCUGCACAUUCACGUCUGAACCUGUCAUACAGGUAUCUGUUGAUUGUCACUUUGAUGCCUUUGUUGAACUUUAUACCUUUUAAAUAUAUCACAUUCUUAACGAAACAGUGCAUGUUUAGACUACAAUGCUCAGUUCGGCGCCCAUCAGAGCUGGGUGACUUCCGUGGUGGAUGCGUCUGUGAUGGCAGACAGGAUGCCCGUUUGGUCUCCACAAGCAACACACCAAAGCCUUCUCACGCCCCCAUCUUGUCGCCUUCCACUGCUCACACGGGAGUUCACCUCCACGUAGACCUUCACUCCCUAACUGGACUUGGAGCAGCCGCUUCAUGCAACGGCACAUCGACUCACCUGAGAAUGCACUGCCUCCUUCUGUUGCCAGCCGAAUGUCCCGACCAUGCCCCCCUUCCGCGGCUACUGGCAACAUCUGUGUCUAAGAGCCUGCCAAAUCCCCCGCAUGCUAACCACUUAGACACGAGACUCGACGUCCUGCUUCCGCUUUCGUGGGUUUACACUACUGCUGGCGGCCAUUCGAACAAAACCGAUUUUGCGAAAGCGCGAAUUAGCGGUCCAGGAGAAGAGAAGAGCAAAUUGGCUUUUUCGCUCGCUGAGACCCUCAUCCACGGGCAAAGUGAAGUCGUAAAUAGAUUCGCUUGGGUGUCUGGGUGUGUCAAGCGACCCUGUCUGGUGGUUCAAGUGGACGUUUGGGAGGAAAGAAGGAAUCUGUCCUCUGUGGGCGAUGUUGAAAGUGAUGCUCUAUCAAGUCAAGUAGGAGUGCAUUGUCUCUGGACUUCGUCAAGCCUUCGUUUAUUCCUGCUUAAACGGCUCUUUUUUCAACUUUCUCCAAAAAAUGCCACCCUUUUAGAUAUGGAUUACAAGAGGCGUGGAAGUGAUUUACAUCCCGGGGAGAGCUACCACCUGAUUGCUAGUUGUCGCGUUCCACUAGCAGAAAUGGUUCUUGCUGGCGUUUUCGCACCACGAUGGGUUGCUUUGCUCCGACCGCCGACGCCGCCAGCGUUCACCGGACCGCACCAACGAUCGCCACUACCCUCAUAUCGUUUGGGAGGCGCGAUCGAGAUUUCGGCAGCUUUUGCGUCGCCCACGGCCAGACUGAGGGUACUCAACGAGGUUCUGUCUCUUCCCUCUCAUCUUCCAUUAGAGACUCUGCGAUCCUUUGGCGUCUACUUACCGUGUGAUAGGAGUGGAGGCCUCGCUGCUUCACCCUGGGAGGAUGGACUUGAUGAGGCUCGGUGCGGAUACAAACAGAUUAGUCUGCGUUUUUCUGCUGCGCGUCUUCCCACGGAACAAUCACUCCUGAAAGACGCCGAACUGGUAGAUUACCGGCAGCGAGGUCUCCGCGGCUUCUUUGUUGCGCGUACCACCUUCUUUGGCGACAACAUUCAGGUUACCUGCCCACAUCCUCUUCCGCGAGAAACCAAAACGACGGCUGCUUUGUCCAUUGGGACAACUAAAUCGUUCAAUGACGCUUCCUGUGUACUAUUCUCAGACGAGUUGAAGUUUUGUGCUCCCGUGGGCCCGCAUUUGAGGAGUUACCUAAGCAAGACAGUGUUGGAGGUGCAGCUAUGGGCCCAGUGGAUGUCCACAACGAGUCCCUCCGACUCCCCUCCCUCAAACACGAGUUCUGCUGCGACUUCCAAUGUUGUCCAACCCUCCAGGCCCUCUUCCUCGGACCCCACUGGCUCCCCGGCGCCUCGAUUUCUCGGCUCUUUCCACCUCCCAAUCUUCCGACUCCUCUGCAAAGACACUUCGUGUCGGCGGGAGUUUGUGUGUACUCCAGAAGCCUUCUAUUGGGCUUCCUCAGCAAAUGACUCACCAGGGCAGGCUGUUGUGUAUCCUCUGUUCCAACAGUCGGUGAUUAAUCUGCGUGACUUAUGGGUUGCAGCCACCCUAGAAAUGACCUCCCUCCAGACGCCCGAAGCUCUUCCCGAGCCAAAAGAACCAUCGCGUGUCAUCGCAGGAGCGUCUAAGAGUGCUAAACAACAAUUCUUGCUCUCGUGGUUACCAGUCUCGAGAGUCGAUAGUGAACGAACGAAUCACCGGCAGUUGGGUCCACUUAGGGUGGAAAGCAAGUCUGUUCAGGGUGAAUGCGUUCGAAGUUCCGAUUUCUUUCCAGCCUAUGUUGUGAUUGAGCGUGCUAAUCGACUCGUCCCAAGCGACGCGCUGGGCGUAGACCCCUGCUUUUUGCUGAGCUCUCCGCAGAGCCUGUCCCAAGUUGGAACAUUUGCAACAUUUAUUGUGCCUAGUGCAGACUACUGCUUUGGCGCUGUUGGAGAAGGUUCACAACUUUUGCAUGGUCGAGACGACGACGAAGGUCCUGAGAGGCUUCCCGGAAGGGUUGCGGUGACGCCUCUCUCCGACGACCCAACGUCACCCGUUUGGGAGUACCAACGAUUUGCUUACCUGCCAAUCUCACUCACAUCGAGUCCAAAGACCUCUCAACACGUUUUGCAAUUUUAUAACUGCAAACAGGGUCUCGCUGUGGACGUCUGGCAAAAACACACGAAUGCGGAGCAGCCACGACACUUGGGGACAGCCAAAGUGAAUCUCUCCUCCCUAAUUCUGCCUCCACGAUCAGCUGACUGCGGCGGGCUGGAGUAUGUUCACGGCUGGUACGAGAUUCUGGACAGCUAUGGGACGUCCAGAGGUCAGAUACUCGUAGGCGUUUUCCCCAUCGCUCCGGGGGAGGAAGAUGGAAGUGGUAGGCGUCUAUGUCCUCGCCUGGAGAGACUCUUGAAUCCCUGCAGAACGCCUCUACAGUCUCAGGUCCUCUCCCCCACGAAACCAAUUUUAUUGCUUUCCUCGAGCACCAACAGAGAGGAAGUAGAUAUGGAAUGCACCACCACAAUUUGCAGAACACCCAACCAGAAAAAUGAAGAACCACUAACCCGAGGACCCGUAAAUCCGGCGUUGAUGGACCAAAACGCAGCACAUGGUGAUGAGAAGGCGUUUUCCGGCGAACUACGCGACCAGCCUUGUCACCGAACUCUCCCUGUGGUGAGGAUUUCCUCCCGCACGCUGGACGGACAACUGCCGUCCCCCAGCGGACCUCAGGGUGAGGCGACGGUGGACGAGGGCGCCUCUGCGACCAGCGUGUCCGCCCUCCUAAUCACCCUCCAAUCUCAGCUAGGAGAACUGGACAUUCAGAACGCUCGCUUAAAACAAAAAUUGUCGAAUAAUUCUGAGGCACCGUGCGGAUUUCCUGCGGUAGAAAUUAAUAGUGGAUCGCAUGAAUUCCGAAGAGGUCUGGGUUCUCAUCAAGACAAGGGUGUUCCUCGCUGCCCUACUUCAAACAGGACCGCUUCCGUUGGCGGCAUGAAGGGAGAUCGGCUGAGGCAGCCUCAAACUCCACACUGCGGGGCCAUUCUCCACUCAGUGGGCUCAGACCCUAGCGUUCAAGUUGGUCAACACCAACAGCCAAUGCCCGUCAAGGGCUCUUUACGCCAAGCGUCCAAUUAUUGCUCAGUGCCUGAAAACUGCGCUGGUCAUUGUGGCACUGGAGACAACAACUCGAAAGUCCAGACCAAUUCUUUCAGGUCCUCUGCCACCUCGAAGUGGGGGUCAUCCGUGUCUGAAGCAGAGGUACUCAACAAGGACGAAUUGGUUGAAGAGGUGAUUGUUAGCGAAGGGGAUAGCAUCGACGAUGUGUCUGCAUUUUCUAGUGACGGUGACAAGGAGCGAGGGGGUGGCGAUGAGGAAGAUCAGAGUAUAGCGAUCUUCGAGUCGCCCGAACCCGAGGGCCUUGAAGUGCCGGGUUCAGGUGCUCGGCAAGACUCGCAGCCCCCGAAAACCGGUAUUGAUUCAGCAGAUGGUAAGGUUAACCUUGAAGGAGAGGAAUCGACCGAGGAGGAAGAUGUGGUCCUUUUUCAAGUCGAUGACAGCCCUGAACUCACCGUCGUCAAUCGUUGCUCCAAAAGUUGCGAAAGUGUCUCAAUGAAUGGUGCUGCCGACGGGGAGAAGCCGGUGCGUGUGUCCGACAAAUGCGCCAGCGAGCCCAACCUUGCCAUGAGGGGAGACACCGGUGUCGAUAGCAGAGAAGAUGAGGGCACGUACAAUCUUGACUAUGAGCUGUCAAGUAAUCGCCACUUUACUGGCGUCUCUCGCGCUUCCCGAACUCCAGCCGAUCCUUCCCUGGAGUCGGUUUAUUCAGUGGCUAAGGAAAUAAAUGAAGCCGAACAGAGGAGUUUUGUUUCUUCCUCCACCUCGAGCAUUCCAUCUUUUGACGCCUCUGGUGCUUCGUCCAAUGUAAGUCAAAAGGAAAUCUCGCCGGCAGAGCGCAACCAACCCUCUGAGGGGCAAAAGGAAGGGAGAGGCGAGUGCUCGCUCACUUCCUCCUCGACGUCGGAUGUGGAGGAGUACAUAAUGCGUGUGCGCCGUGGCAUGGUGCGAAAGAACGGCCUCCUCGUGUUCAGCACGACCGGGACGGACAGCGGCUCUGACGUGGCAGUACCCGAGGAGACCAGACUCCUCGUCCACGAAGAGGAAGCCGAAACAAUAACCUCGGUGUGUUCACAGGAGUGUGCCCCCCGAACUAUAUCAGCUGCGCAACCUGACAGGGAAAAUAAGUUGAAAUCUACUGUCACCGCCUUCAUUUCCAGAAAUUUAUUGAAGAGGUUGCAACGCGAAAGGAGUUUGACAGGCAUGGAAUGUGAUGAAUUUGACGAAGGAACAGCUGUCCUUGUUAACACGGGCGAUGACAGCACUUUGGAGAGCCCGACGCACUCUCCCACGCCUUCACCUCCGGCAUUUUUGCCGCCGACCUCACAAGGGACGCCAUGCGAUCAACACCAGGCCAACCCCUCCGUGCCCCACUCCCACCUGCAAGCACUCAGGCUCGCUCGACAGGCCGCGGAGGCGCUGCGGCAGAAGCAGCCCGUCCUCAGAAGCUCCCAGUCGCAGCUUGCGGGUCGCGAUCUAAAGGAGGUACUUGGUCUCUCUUGCUUGCCCAACGUGGUGCAUUUUCAAGCAUCUGCAAGCCUCAUUUUAUCCACCCAGGACCCAAUCCGUCAAAGAAUUCACGCAAAUCUCUCCACGAUGGUUCGAAGGACAAAUUCAACAACAGGAGAUCGCAUUCAGCCCUCCAAAACUACCGCUGCGGCCAUAAUCAAAGCCGCGUCGUCGGCGUCGUCGUUGAAGGAGGGUUGUUCGCCCUCUCCAGGCGGGUCACUCAAACUUUCCUCGCGAUCGAUAGCACGAGCUGCGCGCAUCUUCGACAUGAAACUCUGA